UUUUUAGGUGCUGUUAUAGAAGCCUGUUUAAAAGGCCAGAGUGCCUAAAAUAGCUUGCAGACAUGGACUCAACUGUGGCUGUGAUUCAAGUGGAUUAUGUAAUGCUGAAGUGGAGUGUGUUGUCCUCUAGUUUGGAGAAAGCAGCUGACUUAAUCCAGCAGAAGAUCCCUAUGUACAAUAGCAUGAAAGAAAUUUUAUGUCAGAUGAGAGAUGGAAUUCCCUCUGUGAAAGUACAAUCUCCAGCUCAUAAUAUUUUGCAAGCCUGUGUCCCAAGUUUGUCCCAAAUCAUUCACCAUCUUGUGGAUCAGUCUGAGACUUCAGAUAAAAUCCUCAUCAUGCGUGCAUUGCACGUGCUAGGUAAUCUGUGUGCAUUAUCAUCCGAUGUUCAUGAAGCAGUCUACAAUGCACUGGAGGAUCUUUUCCUGGAUUUAAUGAAGUUUAAUGAUGGGAAGAUAUUCGAAGGCUGCGCCAUGUUGAUCAAUACCUUGUGCCGAAGAAGCUCCUUGAUCUUGGACUGUAUAUUGGCAAGACCGGACUUUCCUGACAUUCUCACUCAGGAAAUCCUCAGAAUUGAGAAAGGGGACGAAGGGUCUCAUAUGCAAGCUGAUCCUGGGCUGCUCAUAAAAGCCACUUGCAUUUUGAAAAGCAUUCAUGAAGCUGGGAAGGAAGGUCACCGAUUUUUUGCCCCUGUUUUGUCAUCAUCUGAUUCUUGUCAAGACUCUCUGUCGAGCCCUACUAUCCACUUGAAAUCCUUCUUGAUCCAGCUCAUUGGAAAUUUGGUGCACCAGCACAAGAAGAACCAGGAUCUGGUGAGAGAAGGGGAAGGGAUCCCAGUCCUCCUGGAAUGCUGCAAUCUGGAUCAUCGCAACCCCUAUAUCACACAGUGGUCGGUGCUGGCAUUGAGGAACUUAUGCGAGGGGAAUGCUGAUAAUCAGAGAAUCAUCAACGACCUUUCCUACCUCGGACCUGCACCCGAUUCACUCUCCAUUCACGAUGGAAUCCUCCGGAUACCCAAAAAUACUUGAAACUCAACUUUCCGAUUGUAACCAAGCCGAUGCCGCUUGGCUUGCCCUGGCUGUAUGCAGCCAUCAAUGAGACGGGACGGGACCAGAAGUUACCGCUUUCUGUCCGAGGAAAGAAGCAUGAAGGCUUUCUGAACGCGAGGAAGGGGAGAGAGGAGAGAGACCUGUGCGAAGGGAGGGAGGGUUUUCCAGCAAGUCUUCAUAGUGCAGCUGCCGGAGACCCCGUGACACUUGCAUUCCCUCUGCAGGCUUUGUUUCAGGGCCUUUCUCCCGGCCUUGCUGUUAUGCAGAUUCAUGAGGGCCCGGGGAUCGGAUUCCCAUUCCCUCUGAUCCAGGAAUCGACGACUGAAUCCCAGGCCGUAACUGAGAUCGGGGGAACAACCACCCCACACCCAGGCUGCCGGUAUAGGGUGCCUCCGACUCCUUGGGUCUGGACGAAGUAGAGGCAUCAAUCGUUAUCAAGAUAUAAAAAGGUUCGCAGGCCGAUCAAUGGGAUGGAUGAAGGAACAACUGAGCGAAUGAUAGCAGUUACUAAUUCUUGAUGAGCAUUGCAACAUGCAGGAUGUUUACACAGGAUAAUCAUUAUUAGUAGAGCUGUACCGAUGGCCACAUUUGGCCAAUGAGCCAAUAGCCGAUUUUUAUAUAAAACCAUCGACCGGUGCCGGUGCCGAUUGUGGUCUAUAGAUUGAAAAAGAAACACGAAAAAAAUGAAAUUAGUACUAAUUUCAAUAGUGUUUAACGACACAUCUCUUGCCAAAGCAUAACAUGAAAGGAAGUGCCAUUAUUUCCUGUUCUUAACCGCUAUUUUCCUCCGCCGGUUCCUCCACUCGGGC